UUUUAUUUCUAUAUGUGUAAAUUUUGAGGUAGGCACCUAGUUUUUCUUAUCCAGUUUACGGGGGACGUAUUUUUGCAAACACACUGAGUGGUAGGAAACGCUGGUGUGUUUACAUUCACCAUUCAACAUUAGCGUAAUGAAAUUUAGUGCCUUUUAAAUAACAGGUUAUGUAACCUGAUAGGCUGUUAUGCUAAAUAUUGCCUAGUAAGGAGCAGAACGCUGAAUUUAUGCUAUAUAACCUCAAACAAUCUGAAAGCUAACUGAACUAGUGAGCCACAGAGCCAGCUAUGGCACAGAACUGCCUGCCUGGUAUGGAGGCAUCAGCUAUCUCGGUGCUGAAGAGAGCUGUGGAGUUAGAUCAGAGUAACCGCUUUCAGGAAUCACUCAUCUGCUACCAGGAGGGAAUCCAGUUACUGAUAGACGUGCUGAAAGCGGUAAAUGAUGACUCUAAAAAAGGCCACUACAGAGAGAAGAUCAAGAGUUAUAUGAGCCGAGCUGAGCAGAUAAAAGAGCACAUUAAUAAAGUGAAAGAAGAGGGCAAAUACCAUGAGCAAAUUAAAAUCAUGGACAGUGACACUGGUUUCAGCUAUGAGACUCUUUUUAAACCAUACAUCAGGGAAGGACUAACUGAAGUCUGGAUAGAGGACCCUUACAUCCGCCAUGUGCACCAGCUUUAUAAUCUUCUACGUUUCUGUGAGAUGCUGGUGAAAGCCAAAUGCAAUGUUAAGAAGAUUUAUCUUCUGACCUCACGAGAUGAAGAUAGUUCCUCACAGCAGGAAAUGGCCCUAGCAGAAAUUAAACAGUCUUUGCAGAGUCAGAAUGUUUGUCUGGACAUUAAGUACUCCUCUACUAUUCAUGAUCGAGAGAUCAGAUUUGAUAAUGGUUGGAUUAUCAAGAUUGGCAGAGGGCUUGACUAUUUCAAGAAACCCAAGGGUCGAUUUUCCAUUGGCUACUGUGAUUAUGAUCUCAGAGAGUGCCAUGAGACUACAGUGGAUGUCUUUCAUUCAAAACACACAAAAAGAUGUGACCAAAUAUAAUGUGCUCUUUUUCCUGCAUCAUCUCAGUGUGUUUAAAGUGUCAUAAAGUUGUACAUUUGUUGUAAAGUUGUAAAUAUGUUACUGCUUACUUUUUACAGAUUUAAAUACAACGCUAUUCUACUAAGCACUUAAAAAUGAGAAGUGCCUUAUAACAUGAAAAGCACUGUUAAACACUUUAUUAUUACUAUAUUAUAUCAUUUUGUUGGCAGUCCAAGUUUUAAUAAUACUUAAUGACUUUAGAAUCCAUAUCCAACUGGUGGACCUUUAGAUCAGGUUUGUUAUUUUAUACUUUUUUAAUUUAUUUUAAUCAGGUAAUAAUUAUAAUAUGAAGACUUUUCUGCAAUUUAAAUGUUUUACAAGCACUUUAAGCUUAAUGGAAAUUUCUUGUGGUGAUUU